CCGCCCAUUCUUCCUUGUUCACAAAGAGGAGCCCACUUCCAUCCUCUUGACACCCACGCUUUACACAGGAGCCCCUCCCAGUUGCCUCUUCUUGAGGCUGAACAGGCCCGGCUCCUUUAGCCCUUCCUCAUGGGAUAUCUCUCCAGAUUCUUGGCCAACUUAUUAGCUCUCCGCUGGACCUGCUCUAGGAGUUCCGCAUCUCUUUUCUACUAUAAAAGUCAUAACUGCACACAGUACUCCAAAUGCGGCCUCAUCAGGGCUGAGUAGAGGGGCAGGAUCACUUCCCUCGACCUUUCCAGAGAAGCGCCAGUCACCAGACUCGCAGCCUCCGUGGGGGAUCCGGGCUGGCAGCGCCCACGCCGGACACACGGCAGGCGGCCCCGGCGCCAGCACGGCGCACGCCAGGCAGCGGCAGCGCCGGCCCCGGAGCUUCCGGGGCGCAGUGCCCAGGCCCCGCCUGGCCGCCGUUGCCAAGGGCCGGUCGCUACCAGAGGGAGGGAGCCGGCGACGGGGCGGCGCGGAUUGGGCUCCGAGCGCCCCGGGCCGGAGGCGGGAGAGGCGCGGGCGGCAGCGGGUUCCGGGCGGAGCGGAGCCACAUUGGGCAGCGCCGCGCGGGGUUGUGGGAGAAGGGGCCGUCCCCGCCGCCGCCCCCCGCCCGUCCUCCGGCCAAGAUGUCUGACAUGGAGGAUGAUUUCAUGUGCGAUGAUGAGGAGGACUACGAUCUGGAAUAUUCUGAGGACAGCAACUCUGAACCAAAUGUGGAUCUGGAAAAUCAAUACUACAAUUCCAAAGCUUUGAAGGAAGAUGACCCUAAAGCAGCAUUAAGCAGUUUUCAGAAGGUUUUGGAACUCGAAGGUGAAAAGGGAGAAUGGGGAUUCAAAGCUCUGAAACAGAUGAUUAAAAUAAACUUUAAAUUGACUAACUUUCCUGAAAUGAUGAAUAGGUAUAAACAGCUAUUGACCUACAUACGGAGUGCAGUUACAAGGAAUUACUCUGAAAAAUCCAUCAAUUCUAUUCUUGAUUAUAUCUCUACUUCCAAGCAGAAUUCUGAUUUUUUAUGUCAGAUGGAUUUGCUUCAGGAAUUCUAUGAAACAACACUUGAAGCUCUGAAAGAUGCUAAGAAUGAUAGAUUGUGGUUUAAAACAAACACAAAGCUUGGCAAAUUAUAUUUAGAACGAGAAGAAUAUGGAAAAUUACAAAAGAUUUUGCGUCAGCUGCAUCAGUCAUGCCAGACUGAUGAUGGGGAAGAUGAUCUAAAAAAAGGUACUCAACUAUUGGAAAUCUAUGCUUUGGAAAUUCAAAUGUAUACAGCACAGAAAAAUAACAAAAAACUUAAAGCACUAUAUGAACAGUCAUUGCACAUCAAGUCAGCCAUUCCUCAUCCACUGAUCAUGGGAGUUAUCAGAGAAUGUGGAGGCAAAAUGCACUUAAGAGAAGGAGAGUUUGAAAAGGCACAUACUGAUUUUUUUGAAGCAUUCAAGAAUUACGAUGAAUCAGGGAGCCCCAGAAGAACCACUUGCUUAAAAUAUUUGGUCUUAGCAAAUAUGCUCAUGAAGUCUGGAAUAAAUCCAUUUGAUUCUCAGGAGGCUAAACCAUACAAAAAUGAUCCAGAGAUUCUAGCAAUGACGAAUUUAGUAAGUGCCUAUCAGAAUAAUGACAUCACUGAAUUUGAGAAGAUUCUGAAAACAAAUCACAGCAACAUCAUGGACGAUCCCUUCAUAAGGGAGCACAUUGAAGAGCUUUUGCGAAACAUCAGAACACAAGUGCUUAUAAAAUUAAUUAAGCCUUACACAAGAAUACAUAUUCCUUUUAUUUCUAAGGAGUUAAACAUAGAUGUAGCUGAUGUGGAAAGCUUGCUUGUGCAGUGCAUAUUGGAUAACACUAUACAUGGCCGAAUUGAUCAAGUCAACCAGCUCCUAGAACUGGACCAUCAGAAGAGAGGUGGUGCACGUUAUACUGCGUUAGAUAAAUGGACCAACCAACUAAAUUCUCUCAACCAGGCUGUAGUCAGCAAGCUGGCCUAACAGAAACCAAGCUUCUACAAACGUACUUAAGGCAACAGUGCAGUGAUGUAAACCUUAAAAGAACUGGGAAUGGCAAAACUACUGUCGGUUGGUGUGCCCUGAAAUUAUUGGAGUUAUGGCAGAAGUGCUUUUUUGAUCAGCUGGUUUGUGUUUUGCUGCUGCAUUUAUCCCAAGAAAAAAACAGCUUUAAUCUCCAGAAGAAAACCAAAAUGCCACGGGAUUUAUGCUGUAUUGACAUCUUGCCCUAAACAUACAACAUCCUAGUAAUUUGUCAAGGGGCAAUUAAUGACCAGAGAGAAGAUUUUUGUCAUGAUUUUAAGUACACUGACACGUUACUGUUGGUUAAAUUUAAACAUGUUUUACCUGCAGAAAUUCUCUCACAGAAAUAACCUGCAAUAACUUGAAAUGCAUACCCUUUUGAACACUUCCUUUUCUCAUGUAUAAAUUGAAAUGUUUGCUGCAUUUUGCAAAAUGUCAAUUCUCCAAAAAUGUGUCCAUAUAUUUCUGUACCUGCAGUGUAGUAAAGGUUUAGAAGAAACCCCAUAAUUAUAGUGGCAUACUGUCACUUAGGUUUCAAGCAGCAAAAUAAACAGUGCAGUUCAGAAAUUGUA